AUGACUACUGAAACUGAAUUAAUAUUUUCUCCGGAACGAACAUCAAAUAAUUCAUUUCAUAUAUUUUCUAGUAAAAAAACAAGUCGUCGAGGAGCAGCACUACAUCAACCACCAAAACCUGUCUCAUGUCGUGUUUUUCGAUAUUUUACUCCAGCUGCUGCUAUUAAACCAUCAAAUGCUGUUUCAGUUAGUACAGAUUCUUAUGGUGUUGUAUUAGAAAGUCCAUUUUAUACUAAAUCAAAUACAUCAACAUAUUGGGAUCAAUGUUUCGAACAUGUUGAAUGUAUUGGUCGUGGAUCAUUUGCUGAAGUUUAUAAAGUUCGUAAUAAAGAUGAUAAUCAAUUAUAUGCUAUUAAACGUUCAUUAACUAAAUUUCGUGGUAAAUCUGAUCGUGAUCAGAAAUUAAAAGAAGUUCGUUUUCAUGAAGCACUUGCU